AUGCCUUUUGUGUUUGGAGGAUUUCAUCUUCCUUCUCCGAAGAGUGCCAUCACGACGACCAAUAAUACUAAUAAUCACGGAAAUGAACAACAAACAAGACCUCAACAAAAUUCCGAAGAAGGAACUAACAUUGCUACAAUCGUAGAUGAUCAUCACAAUAACACGGAAGCUAAAAUUUUGGAAAUUAAUGCUUUAUCCAAACGAGAGCAGGCAAGAAUACAAACUCCUUUCAAUCAAAGUGUUGGAAAUGAUCAUCAACAAUUGGAAAAUCAUUCCAAAGAUUCAAUGAACGAGUUUCAACUACCAACCAACACUCCAAAAAAAUUUAAUAAUUCGAAUACAAACUCUAAAACACCACAAUUAAUUCCUUCUUCGUUGGGAAAGCGAAAACAAUCAUUAAAUAAUAGUACUUCCAAUUCGAGCAAUUCAGGAAGAAAAAAUCAAGUGGUUAUCAACAAUUUUUUACCUGAGGAUGAUAAGAAUGACAUCAAUCAAAGAAGGAGAACAUCAUCACUUGGAAAAAUGCAACAAUUAACAUCAUACCAGGAGGAAGAAUAUGACAUUUUAAAACCAAACAAGUAUGAAGAUUAUUUGGAGCACAAGCGGAAAAGAACGCACUCGAAUGAGAAUGAACAAAUGAUGUCAACUACAAUGUCAACUCCUUCAUCGAGUUCUUCUUUGAGUGUUGCUGAAGAUGACGAUGACGAUUUGUUAGCCUCAGUUACCAAAACGACAGCCGCCUCUAUUCCAUUGUCUGCAAAUUCAACAUGCUCAAGCAAUGUUCAAAAAACCCCAUCAUCCAAAUCGCCCGCCAUUACUUUUAACAUUCCAAAGAGAAAUGCAAAUGUCACACCCAAUCAACCUGAGCAACAGCAACAAAAUCGAUAA